AUGCAGACCAAUCUACCUUCGAGUUUCGCCUCGGCUGCCGCCGGCCAGAACGCGAAUCGCGAUCCCAGGACUGGCAGACCUGAUGGUCGCGGUGCUGUAGGCGGCGACUGGGCACGUCGAGACGGUCGUUCCGCCAAUGGGACUAUGACAUUUCGCCGCGCAUCAACGACCCCCCUCGGCCAAACCAUGCAGACCGCCCCUCCAACAGACCUCGCCGCCGCCCAGUCUACAUCGGCUGAGCCUGCUCCGCCAGUCGCCAGCGUAGAGGUCGAGCCGAGCCGCUACACCAAAGAUGAUCUUUUGGAAGUGUUUCGCAUCCAGAAAAUCAGCGAUGAUCCCUCUCAUCUCUUUAUGCCCGGCUGGGACCCCAGCAACAUCAAUGGAAAUUCUGGCAGGGGUUGGGGCAAGAGCAACGAAAACCACAUCCCGCAAGAACCCGGUGCAUGCUGGGAUCAGAAUGGCGAGACGACCCCGAUGGCCUUUCAAGAAUACUCUUUUGAUGAGAAAGAGGCCUUCUCGACCGACAUCAAUUCCCCGCUCAAGCCUCCGACUCAAAGCAAGGAAACCCACCAACCAAACGGCAGCGGUCGAAAACCAUCCAUCUCGCAUGGAACGGGUAACGCAUACGGCGUAACAUCACCGUCCUCUGCGACUCGGCCGUCGACUCGGCGGCGCGAGACCGUCGAUUCUAAUCCCUUCAGCAGCUCUGGACUGGGCUCUCCAACCGGGCCUGGUAGAUUCUCCUCCCGCGAUGACCAGACAUUCUGGUUCAAUCGGAAGGCUGGUGAAUCUAAGGACUCUGAUGCCCAGGACCAGUCCGCGGACCAGGCUCGUGACCAAGCAAAGUCCACCCUGCCUGGUCUCAUGCGUGCUAACACUGCAGGCACCGUGGGGAUGAGCUCCAUUUGGCCUCCCUCUAACCCUAGUACGCCUGGGGCGGGAGGCUUCGGGAAUUUCUCAAUCGGAUCUUCGACUAUUGGGGACAAGCGUAUUGGUGGCACUACUGGCGGCAGCAGACUCGCUCAUCUCAUGCCAAAGGACAGCUCCGAAAACAUAAGUGCGAGACCUUUUGAUGCCAAUGCAACUACUGCAGUGCCUGAGCAGUCAUGGAGAACACGGCCACGGACUGACACGGAUCCUUUUGGAGACGAUGAGCUGUCAGGUAGCGCAAUGCUGGGAGGAUCGCAGGACACCAACCCCGGCGGCAACCGUGCUCCCGCUCUAGGUACCCCUGUCAAGGGUUCCGCCGGCGAUUUCGGCAUGGCAGGACUGAAUCUCGAUGAUGGUCCUAACAGCCCCUCUGAGACCAACCCUUAUCGCAGUCCGGCAAACCACAACGAUGGAGAUUCUACGAAUGAAAACAAGCACUACUCUGGCGCGUCUCAAGAGCCUGGUGCUGGGUUUGGUGCUCUACCUAGAAGCUUUGUCGCUGGCACUUUUGAUGGUAGCGAUCGCAGCCAGACAUCAAGCGUCGGUGCGAAGGCUUACCCCCUCGGUCACCUGUCCGGAUGGCCUGCGCCUGGCCCUUCAACUGGAACCCCCGACCGCGAUCGUCCCAACUUUGGAGCGGCUGCCUUUGGAAACUCUCUCUUCGGAAACAUGGGCGAGCUGCAGUCUCCUGGUCUCAGCAACCUAGGCAACGUGUUUGGUCCUUCCGGCUCUGGCGGACUCGGUGCUGGCAGCAUUGGACGAGGUAGCAAGCUAGGCUCCCUAUUCCCUGCCGCUAUGCAGGCGCAGAUGCAGACCAGUGAUCAUGAAUCCGGGGGUGAUGGCGCUGAUCUGCGCCAACAAGGAAAUCCUCUCGGUGCCAUUGGCCGCGGCAGUUUCCCGGGCCCGCCCAGAGAUACGGAAAGCCCGAUGCGAUCCAACCGCGGUGUGUUCGAAGAACUCUUCCCAUCUAAUGAUGCGAACAGAGGACUUGCUCAUAUGGCCGGGUCGGACGGCAGCCAAGUACCCGCUGGCCAGUCCUAUACUCCUCUUGCCGGAGGGUUGCCUUUCGGCGCGCCUGCUCAAAGUGAAUUGCCGUCUGCUCAGGCGCGCCAGAUGGUAAUGCCCGAUCGCAUGAGAUGGGUCUACCUGGAUCCCCAAGGUCAAGUUCAAGGACCUUUUACUGGCCUGGAGAUGAAUGACUGGUACAAGGCCAAUUUUUUCACCCCAGAUCUCCGUGUCAAAAAGGUCGAAGACCCCGAAUUCGAACCGCUUGGUCAGCUCAUCCGUCGCAUUGGUAACUCGCGUGAGCCUUUCCUGGUUCCUCAGAUUGGUAUUCCUCAUGGGCCUCCUGUACAAGCCGGUGGCUAUAACAGCAACACCGGCGUUAUUCCACCUUUAAGCGGUGUUUUCCCAAGUUUUGGCAGGACUCUCACGGCAGAGGAGCAAAACAACUUGGAGCGCCGCAAACAGGAAGAGCAGUACAUCAUGGCCCAACAGAGAGACUUCGUUAUGCGACAGCAAGCAAUGUCCAAGUUUCCGAUCCACAACCCUGGCUUGCAGCACCACUCUAGCGCCCAGAGCCUUCAAAGCCAACCAAGUUUCGGAAACAUCAGUAACCCAGCCCAGCAGCCACCCGCCCUAGGAGGUCUGGGUCCUUUUUUGGACUUGGGAAACGGGCCCCUGCUACACGCGAGGGCAGGUAACGAACUCUUUCGCCAAGAGGAUAUUGUGAAUCUGAGUGGUCAUGAACGCCAGAUGCUGGCUGCUGUCGCGCCUGGAAGUGAAGCUGCUGCUAUGGGAGAACAUGCCGGGGCUGAAGACGGCCUGCGCGCUGGUCUCCCACCGAUCGGCCAGCUUACCGAAGACCCCGAAGGGUUCCGUGACCGUCUUCAAGAGUUCGAAGGUCUUCGUGCCCAGCAUGAUGCUGAGCAGGCUGCCAAGGCUGAAGAGGAGGAGCAGGUGGUUCCAGCAGCCAGAGUUCCCGAACCUUCUGCUGCUACUAGCCGACAACCUGGCAGAGCCGGGAAGAAGAAGAGGCAGUCAGAAGACGAGUCUUUGUCUCUCACUGAACAAGUCCAGAUCGCUCAAGCCGCAGCCGCGGAAUUCGCCCUACCCGAGGAGCUUGCGGAACCUGGAAUGCCCAUGCCAUUCCCCCCACCAUCCUCGAGCACACCACUACCUGCUCCUACUGCCCAGCGCGCGCGGUCCAACCUCCCCGAGCAGUUCAGUAGAUCCCAGACGGCCACUCCCGAAGUUGUUCAGCCGCCACCUCUGGCGCCAUGGGCCAAGGAGCCUGGUCAGGAAGGACAACGAGGCCCAAGCCUAAAGGAAAUUCAAGAAGCAGAAGCACGUAAGGCUGCUAAGGCCGAAGAACUUGCCGCCGCCCAGAGAAAGGCUGCGAUGGAGCAAGAGGGAGCCUUGCUACGCGAACGGGAGCGAGCUGCAGCUGCGGCCGCCACAGCCGCAGCCUUGCCAGCAUCUAGUACGUGGGGUCAUGGCUCGCCAGCGGCCGGUGCGACCGCAUGGGCCAAGCCUGGGCCGCAAAAGGGAGUUAGCAUCUCAGCAUCUGCCUCUGCUUCAUCGUUGAGCAAGAAAACAUUGGCUGAGAUUCAGCGGGAGGAGGAAGUGCGGAAGCAAAAGGCAAUGCAAACCGCUAUACAAACCGGUCCUCCUACCAGCUCUAUCAAGAGUUACGCCAAUCUAGCAAGCAAAACAAAUACCCCAAUCACUCCGAGCCCGGCAUCUCCAGCUGCUCCCCCAGGCGCUGGUUGGGCAACUGUCGGAGCUGGUGGCAAAGUCAAAGUGCCAACUGGCCCUGCUGUUCCCGCCAGAUCUACCAGCGGCGCAGGUGUCAAGCCCACGCCGGUUGCAGCUCGGCCCAGUCCCAAGCCUAGCCCUGUGAUUGCCACGCAACGCGUCGGACCUGUCAACAGCGGCAACACUGCUAUGGACGAGUUCAAUGCGUGGACACACAGAGAGCUUAAGCGUGGCAUUGAAACUGAUGUUGACAUCUUCCAGUCGACUCUAGAGGCGCUUCCUCUUGAUAUUGGUGUGAUUACCGACGCCGUCUAUGGCAGCUCUACCACCAUGGAUGCUAGGCACUUUGCAGAGGAGUACGUUCGCCGCAAGAAGCUUGCAGAGAAGGGCAUCUUUGAGAAGCAGGCUUCCGACAACCGAAGCUCCUCGGGUGGUUGGAACGAGGUUGCCAAAAAGGGCAGUGGUGGCCAACAGCCUCCUCGUGAGCCCGAAGCAAGCGCCUCGGCGAUGCAGGGAGCUAGCUUCAAGGUAGUCCCUGGCAGAAAAAAGGGCAAAAAAUAG